GUAGAGCCCAAACGCGGAGGGGAGAAAGGGGACGGGACGGGAGCCUCGCAGGCGGGCUGUGGCGGCGGUCUGAGUUUCCUCUGCCAACAACAAGCUAUUAAAGACAUGGGACUCCGGGCUGGCUUGGCUAGCAGAGGGGAUCCAGUGUGCAGAGGGGACUGACCGGCAAGGCAGAGGAGCGGAAACUUUCAGGGAUUUUGAAAGAAGGCGGCGGCGGCGGCGACGCGCCACUCUUCCAGGGUCACUAUGGAAACCAUCCAAAUGCAAGUACCUUUGGUCUUCCUUGUACUCCCACUAUUUGUAUUUGGGGCUCCCGCUGAUGCGUCUGGCCCCCAAGAAGUCACCAUCACCUCGAACAGUUGUAAACGUUGCUGUGAUUCCCUGGAUGCACCUGGCUCCUCUGAGGCCAGUCCUGGCCGAAACAGUCCCCACUCCUUGCCUUAUAUUAUUCCAGAGGUGCGCCCAUAUAUCAACAUUACCAUUCUGAAGGGAGAUAAAGGAGAUCAAGGAGAACCUGGGAUUCCUGGGAAAUGGGGCAAAGAGGGGCCGCCGGGUGAACGGGGAGCCCCGGGCCCGAAGGGCAGCAAGGGGCAGAUGGGUGCCCCUGGAGAUCCUUGCAAGCACCAGUACGCAGCCUUCUCGGUCGGCCGCAAGAAGGCUCUCCACAGCAGCGAAGGCUACCAGGCCUUGAUCUUCGACACGGUCUUCGUGAACCUCUACAGCCACUUUGACAUGUUCAAGGGCAAGUUCUACUGCUACGUGGCUGGCCUGUACUUCUUCAGCCUGAACGUCCACACCUGGAACUUCAAGGAGACCUACAUGCACGUCAUGCGGAACGACCAGGAGGAGGUCAUCCUCUAUGCCCAGCCCAGUGACCGCAGCAUCAUGCAGAGCCAAAGCCUGAUGCUGGAGCUGCGGGAGAACGAUGAGGUCUGGGUGCGCCUCUACAAGCGAGAGCGUGACAACGCCAUCUACAGUGACAACGUGGACAUCUACAUCACCUUCAGCGGCUACCUGAUCAAGCCCAGCCUUGAGUAGCUGCUUGCCUCUCAAGCACCUCCGCUGCCCUCCUAAGCAUUACUGUAACACUGCCUGUAAGCUGCUGCAAAUCAUACACAGAAGGACUGGAAGCAUACCAAGAAUGCGGGGCCAUUCAAGAAGACCAUUUCACUAGAGAAUUAAGAUGGAAGAAGGUGAAUGUUUUGCUGACCAAUUCAUUAGCCUGCUUGUUUUCAGACAAGAUCGUGAGGUUAGAGCUCGGCUUUCUAGGUUAUCUGAAAUCUUCACACCUGCUACCCCAGACAUUUCCCUCAUGGGAAUAUUGGUGCAUGGACUUGGAAAGUGGUGCUUCCUUACUGGAAAGCCCUAAGUGCUCUUGUUGUACAUGAAGGACACAGCUGAAUUGAGCAGUCUCAAGUGAGUGACAUCUUCAUAUAAAUUCCAAGCUAAACACACCCCAGCAGCCACUAUUUUUGCACAAUGAGUUCCCCUGGUGCAAUGGGACCUUCCUCCCUCUUCUCCAAAAUCUGGUUGGGAGGGUCAGGAGAACCCCCAAUGUAGCUCAUGCAGAGAGGAGAGGCAAUUCUGCCUGGCAAGCAGAAAUGUUUUAUCUGAUGGAGCAAUUGCCAUAGCUUGACUCUGAAUCCCCCCCCCCCCAAUUGUGUGCAUGCCAUGCUCGUCUCUGAACAGGUUUUGUAGCCCUGUAGGCUGAAAUUUAGAUCUCUUCAGUAGGCUGUGCACACAAAGGUCAGAAUCCAGCCCAAAUUGUGCAUGAGAUCAAUGGGGCUUACACAACUGUGAACUGGAUCAUAGCCUGUGAUUUUAGAGCUUGUCAGCUGAACAGUCAUGGUUUAAAAUAGGUGUGCAAAAGAUACAGGGAAGUGUAAAGAAAGGAAUAGUGCAACUACCUUUUUGUAAACUUCUGUUUGCCAUUGCCAUGCAGGGACAUUUGCACACAUGGGGAACAUGGGUCUAGACUGGUUUAACUUUGAUGAUGCCUUAAGUGUUGAAGUAAUAGGUCAGCUCAGGCUGGGGCAAACAUCAAAGGAAAGGCUUCUAGAGGGAACAUUUGAUCUGGUUCUCGUAAGUGAGACCUGCACCUAUGUACAGGCAAUGAUCAUUUUGCAUGGGGGUUGUUUUCAUGACACCCCCCCACACAUUGACAGAGCCUACUCCACCCCAUUAUAUCCCGACCCCCCUUUCCAGCCAUUUCCAGGUUGCAGUGAUGCUCAUGUGCACAGUCAUGUGUGCUUUAAAGCGCCAUUGCCUUUACUACACUGUAGAGUGCUUUUGUUCAAGAUUCCAACUAGUCAGCCCUACCCACUUUGAAGAUACUCCAUUCCAUGCCCUUAUUUCCUGCUUUUCCAUUCCCCACCCCCUUCCAUCAGUUAGUCAGUAUUCUGUGCCCACUGAGCAUGCCCAGUCCUUAGGAUUUUUUGCUUUAAAAAAUACGUACCUGUGCAAACCUUGGGUCCCACCCCCGGCUCUCUGUAGCUAUCACUUUUUUGAGUAUUGAGGCUGCUCUUUGCUAUACACCAUGAUCCAAACAAAGAUAAUGAAUUCACUAUUAAUAAUAUAUAGCACAUUAAUCCUGGGUUGCUUUAAAAAAAAAUGAAAGUCAUAUGGCAGGCAGUGGCACAGCACUGACUAGCUCCUAUUCCUGCAGGCAAUUCAUCAAGAGCAGAGAAUGAGUAGCUGUCCAUCAUAGGAAAGAGAUCAUAGCUCAGUAGUAGAAAGCCCCAGGUUCAGUUCCCCAUGUCUACCUAAAAGUAUCUUAAGUAGCAGAGCUGGAGACACCUUGUCUGAAUACUUGGGAAGCUGCUGUCCUGGACUAGCCAGUCUUGGACUAGAUGGACUAACAGUCUGACUCAAGAGAAGGCAGCUUUAAUGUUCUUCAUCAGAAGGAGUAGCAGAUGAUUUCUCUAUUCACCUUGUACUACCAUGUGGGCACGGUAGGUGGUUAGCACCCCCCCCCCCCACGGUUCCUUGUCUUAUGCAUAUCCAGCAAGCUGCAGCCAGUUUAGAAGGUAGCAAAAGCAACAACCCUUUUCCACCCGCUGGCAAGCUACUUUCACUCAUCCAGAACCCUGCUCCUCCUGUUAUAUAGGGAUGAUGUUGCUGAUCAGCCUUACAGGGAUUUUGCCAGGAUUGCAGAUAGGGCUGGGCAAUAUCUGGUUUUCAGCAUCAUGAUAUAUCACCAGCUAAACAUGAUGUCUGAAAUAAAGUUGGAGCUAUGUAGAGGCAUUGGCUGGCUUCACAGUUUUUCCUACAUUGUAAAUUUCACAUAGCACACACAAACACAUCAUGAUUCGUGAUACAUCAUGAUUCACAGCCAGGUCAAAAAUUAUGAAACCGAUAUCAAAAUAUUGGUUUCAAUCCAGUUUUGGACAAUAUAUUGAUAUAUUGCCCAGCCCUAAUUGCAGAGGUACUUUGAGUAAAGCACUCUGAAGUUUCUAGAGGGCUAUGUAGUUGGCAUAUGGCUGUGCACAAUGUUUAGCUGCAACUUUUUAUGCACAAGCUGUGAAUCUGCACAUGCCCCACCAAGCAUACUCACUGCCGCUCCCACUGCCAUGUGGCCAAGUGUGCAGAGACAGCACAUAGGAAAGCAGAGCUCUCCUUCCAAGUUGACGGGUCUCUCAGGGGGCAAAGGGCUAUGUGGGGGCAGACAUUUUUGCUUUGACCCCCAUGGAGAGCCCUGCAGAGCAAGGUUAUGAGAAAGAGUCGGGAAAGGGGGCUUUCUUCAGAUGGGGAAGUCCGGGGCUGAUUGGACAAGGAACCAAAUUCCUCCUCUCUGCAAGGCAUAAACGGAGAAACCAGCUGUUGUAUAUUUGCAACGUGUGGCGUCCCUGUGUCUCUCUAGGGAACAGCAGGAAUUUCUAGCACUGAAUCGCUUCCAGACCUGAGCUCUGAAUUCCUCGAGCCUCUGCCUCCAUUCCAAUGUCAGCAGAGCUCUCAAAUGUUCCUACUGAGAAGUUCUGCAUUUAAAGUCAAUAAGGCAAAGUGUGUGGUGUUUCGGUGUUUCCUGCUUGCUUUUUGGUGCAAAAAAAAAAAGGCUUCUGACUUUUAAAGAAGCUCCUUUGGUGCUAAACCAGGAUCCUGGAGAAUAAUUGGUGCUUAAUGAGAGAUAUAUUGCAGACAUAGUGGACUGUGGAAUUUAUGGUGCUUUAUAGAGAACCCAAAUCACCCAACCAGAUUUCUUGUGUGUGUAUAUAUUUUCCUAAAUAUUAAAACUUCUUUAUUGCACUUUGA